UGUUUCACUCAAUGACACCAGCAUGGGAUGCUCAGGGCUGUUGAUUUUGGGUUUUGUCCUAAAUGUUGCUCACUCCUUGGAAAUUCUGGGUCCGAGUGGAGAGCCACUUCUUGAGGUCACACACAACGUCACAGGAGUCCUGGGAGAGGACGUCUACCUGAGCUGUAUAUAUCUGGGCGAGAGCGACAUCCAGAGCGCUGAGUGGAGACGCCAGAGUAGCUCUAAAUUUAAAUCCAAGCGACUGGCAGGAUUUUUAAGUGGCAGGCCGUUUAGCCGUGAAGACUUCUCCUACCCAGACUCUUUGACCAACCUCACAGUUCAGAUGAAGGUGUCUAGUGUGGAGGCCGAGGGAGAAUACAUCUGCGAGUUUGAAUCAGAGGAGGAAUAUUAUUCUGACAGCGUAUUCGUCACUGUAGUAGCUCAGCCUGACAUACAGAUUGUGGUGAAUGCUGAGACCAUAAGCGGUACUCACUACCAGUCAGUGUCAUGCUCUGCAGUUGGUGGCCGGCCUGUUCCUAGGAUCAGCUGGUUGGUCGGUGGCCGUCCUCCCUCAGGUGGCCCCUUCACUGUGAACGUGACUGAAACCAUACACUCAAACGGAACCUCCACUCUGAGCAGCAUCCUUCGCUUCCCCACCCAUCUGCAGGACGAAGACAGCGUGACCUGCGUGGUUCAACACCUGACCCUCCCAAACCCCAAACUCACCACAGUGAGGGUGGAAACCUACACGAGGCCAAAUGUGACCAUUAAAGCAAGGAUGGUACAAGAAGGAGGAAGCGAGUUGUGGGUGGUCUCUUGCAUUUCAUCUGGAGGGAGACCUGACGCUGACAUCUCCUUGGCUUUGAACACCGACAAAGAGCUGCAGAGGGAGGACAGCCCAGACUCAGACAUGCAAACGAGCUCAGUCCUCCUCCCGGCAACCGAGUAUGAGGGGCAGAAUGUCACCUGUUUGUUUGACCACCCCAAAUUUGCACACAAAGAGUCACGAGUCAUAACACUGCCAUCUUUUUCUUUAUCCAGAGUUCAGCUGUUGAACUCAAAGCUGGAAAGCAACAGCGAUGACUUCCAAGGCACUGAAUUUUUGGAGCUGCAGGAAGGACAGAGUGACGUCGUCAUCAGCCUGCAGAUCACGGGGAAUGUGCCACGUUUCAAUGCUACCUGCAAAAAAGAUGAUGGGCCCUUGCCUGAGGGUGUGGAGCUGGUUGGCAGUAACCUCACAGUGAAGGGUCCCGUGGAGCAUCAGCAUGCCGGCCUGUACGAAUGCGCCUUCUCGUAUCGCCAUCUUGAAGCGAUGCUGAAGUUAAAUGUCACAGUGAAACCUCAUGUCGUACAGCCUGUUCCUCCCACAAUACGACUUGAUUCGAAGACUGAAGAUGGACACAGAGUGAUUGAGUGCUCAGCAGUUGAUGCUGUUCCUGCAGCCAACAUGUCCUGGCUUCUACCAGAGGGUGUGUCUGGAGUCUCUUGGUUCAAUUUCACUUCUCAUAAUGGAAGCCACUCUGUCAGGGGAGUUUUACUCCUCCCUGCCUGCUCGCCUUGGGAGCUCACUGCAGAGUGUGUGAUAAAUCACCCUGCGUUUGAGGAGCCAGAGAACAGAAGCAUAACCCUCCCUCUUUGCGCUCGCCCAAACAUCACCAUCGACUCCAGCACUGAGUGGAAAGACGGUGACGAGUACACAAAGGUGGACUGCUCUGUGACCAGUGUUGACCCUGCAGCAAACAUAACCUGGCAUGUUGGAAACAAAGACAACAGCAUCAGUUAUGUGUCAGAGAUUAAAGUCCAGGCUGAUGGUUUGGUAUCGGCCCGUGGCUCUGCGUACUUCUUGUCCUCUUUGUAUUCUGGUCAGAAUGUGACCUGCAUGGUGGAGCAUCUGAGCCUGGAGGCACCAGAAAAAAGAACAAUACACAUUCUUGUGCACAAAGCCCCUGUGCUGAGUGUGUCUGUGGUGAGGCAGCAGGACUCUCCCUUUUGGCUGGCAGUGUGUGACUGCAGAGGGGAGGGUGCCGGGACGAACCUCGCCUGGGUCCUUCCCGAAAAUGCCAAAGGCCAAACAUCCCUGAACUCAGAGUAUGAAGGGCGUGUCCGCAAAGCUAGGCUGACUUAUCAGUUUCCACUGGCUCUUCAUGAGGGACAGGACCUGACCUGUGUGUACCAGUUUGAACAUGGAGCCACAGAGAAGAAGACCAUUCGUAUUCCUAAAUACCAUAUCUCUUCUGUGAGAGUCUUAAACCACACGACUCCUCUGCAAACCCGCUACGGUGGUGAAACCAUCACACACAGACUGACUCUCCAGGAAAAUCAUCGCAACCAGAGAGUACUGCUCCGUGUCGAAGGCAACGUGCCAGAGUACGACCUCAGCUGUAAAAGGAGAGAUGGCUCAUACGUCGGCUCAUACGUCCGAAUGGAAGGGCAUGCAAUGGUCUUCCAGUCGGAGCUCACAGAGGCGGAUGAAGGCCUGUACACCUGCCAGGCGUCCUUCUAUCACCACACAGCCACUGUCAACAUUCUCGUGGAGGUCAUGAGCAAGGACAGACAGUUUGCACUUGUGGCCAUUAUCUGCAUGUCUUCGGCCUUUGCCAUGAUCCUCAUCCUCGUCGUCACCCUCUGGGUGUGCUGCAAAGGAUGUUGCAGGAAACAACACAAGCAGCGGGAGUCCCUCUCAGCAUUGACAUCUCUGAUGCAAGAGCCCGGCUCUCCUGAGGUGAAGAAGCCAGCAGUGGAGAAUGGCGACAGUAAGGAAUAUGCUCAGCUGGUCAGUUACUCCAUCGUCAUUGAUGUCAAGAGUACAGUGUGAAGAUGAGACAGCUUUGGAUUCAACCUUCUGCUUUACAUUGUGCGCAAACUGGAUAUGAAGGUUUACUGAAACUGCAGCUUUUUUUAACAAGUUCAGCAUUAGAAGUGAAAUAAUCCUGUUUACAUUCUGAAAUAUCUGUUCUUUUUAAGAUUUUUUUUUACUUUGAUGGAUUUGCAUUAGUUUUUAAAUGCAUUAUUUUUGCACUUUUUCAUUUUACUUGAAUUCUGUACUGUUUUUAUGCACAUUGUAUUUUCCACUAUUUGUCAAUAAAGUCACCACAAUUAACU